AUGGCAGAGGAGCAGACGGGUGGAGCUGCGGCCCCUCAGGUGAGUUCUCAUGCUGUGGUUUUAGGAUGGAGUGAGUUGCAGUUUUUUGUUACAAAAAACCUGCAGACAGUUAGAAGAAUAAUUUUUAUAUAUUUUUUGAUGAGCAUCAGUUGUGACUCUUUGGGAAUUGGCUGAGAAGUUACAACUCUUCAAGGGGCAUCCAUGGCAGAGUCCAGCUCACACCAAGAACGGGUCUGACUUUGUGCUGAGUAUGUGGACCCAGCUGGAUAGUUUGAAAAAAUGUUGCUGGAAGCUCAUACUCUUCAGUACCUUCAAGACCCCCAGGAGAACAUGAUUAUAAGACUCACCCCCAAUUUUCACUGCGUCCUAAACGGCUACGAAAAGUCCGUAUUUGCUGAUCCUAACCAUUCAAGUUAAUGGGUCAAUUUCCAACAGCUUCCUUCCGUUCCGCUGCGGAUAGCCAGACGCCAGAGCAUGCCGUAUAAAUUCAGCACAGAUUAACCCGUGCUGGAAAGGAAGCCGGGCGCAGAGACAAAAUAAAACAUCCAGCUUCUUUUCAAAAUAAAACACUCCGUGUUUCAGGAGGAUCGUAUUUCACACUAUGCAAACGGGCGGAGACGAACAAGUGAAAGGUUUUUAGACGUCAUUUCACCCCGAUGACACCAUGGAUGAGGAGAUGCUGAUUCUAGAAGUCUAGAAGUAGAUUUCCUCCUCUUGAAAGACACAAUCUACUGCUUAUAUGGUUAGCCUCUGUGGCCAAAGACAACUUGUUAUUGCGCGAUUGCAUGUGAAUCCACAGGUUCUUGUAAGUUCUUGCGACUCCUGCUGUCCGUAAUUCCCCACAAAAUUUUCCUCACAAAUUCAUUCAGAUUCCAUGUCCCCCACCUCUCUCAGUUAGGAGUUGAAAACCUCAGUCAGACGUGGUUUAGAACGGGUAGGCUGUUCCUCCUAAUCACACCACUCUAGGUGUCUCCAUCAUUGACCAUGUGAGUGCUGAAGUCCCCAAGUCCCCCGGGCCUAUGAACUAUGGAGUUCUCAGCUGGGGUUCCUUACAGCCUUCCUUCAGCACAAGAUCCAAACACUCCAUCACUCUCAGACAUCAGGACUCCAUAGUUCUAGUAGUUUCUGCAGAGAUUCAUGUGGAUCCUUUUCCACUUUUGCAGAGUGAUUUUUCCAGCAGACGGGAGGUGAAGAGAGAGGACGAUGGUCUUUCCAAGGUGAGAACAGAAACACACUGCAUGCAUUAAAAUAUGUUUUCUUGCAUUUAUUAACACCUCCAAUGCUUUUCUCUCUCUGUGCUCUUGCAGGACGAACAUCGUCAUACUAUUAAAAUCAGAUUUGGAGAUAAAGAUCCAAAUGUAUACAUAGUGCCCUGUACAGAGCCUCAAACGGUGCUGGCUGCAAUCAAAACACGUAAGAAGUACGAAAGUCUGAAGUAUUCGGAUCAAAAGAUUAUGAUUGAAAUGAGAUGGGAGGGUACGGAGCCCCUAAAGGGACAUGGAUGGACUUUUUUUUUUUUGCGAGAUCUCGCAAAAGUAUUGCGAGAUCUCGCAAAACGUAUUGCGGGAUCUCGCAAUACUUUUUGCGAGAUCUCGCAAAAGUUUUUUCUCCAUUCAGUGAACCGGAAGUAAAACACGCCUAAAAUAAGCCUAAAAUAAUAAUAAUAAUAAGAAGAAGGAGCAACAGAGCACGGAUGAUGUGUACCAUAGACAUAAUAAAAGAUAGACCCCGCAUCGGCCGCUACCACGAAUGGGCGCUGUCGAGAAAUGCGGCCGCCAUCUUGGUGCGGUCAUCCGCCUCACUCUGCACCACUGUCUUCCUCUUUGGCCUACAAAUGACUCUACAGUCAAGUGUAAUGUUGAAAAAACGUGUAAUCAUAACUGUGAAAAGUUAUUCCUUGAGCCCUGUUCUCUGCAGAGAUUCAUGUGGAUCCUUUUCCACUUUUGCAGAGUGAUUUUUCCAGCAGACGGGAGGUGAAGAGAGAGGACGAUGGUCUUUCCAAGGUGAGAACAGAAACACACUGCAUGCAUUAAAAUAUGUUUUCUUGCAUUUAUUAACACCUCCAAUGCUUUUCUCUCUCUGUGCUCUUGCAGGACGAACAUCGUCAUACUAUUAAAAUCAGAUUUGGAGAUAAAGAUCCAAAUGUAUACCCAGUGCCCUGUACAGAGCCUCAAACGGUGCUGGCUGCAAUCAAAACACGUAAGAAGUACGAAAGUCUGAAGUAUUCGGAUCAAAAGAUUAUGAUUGAAAUGAGAUGGGAGGGUAAAGUUAUAAGCAUUCCCACACAUUUCCCCUGUACCUUACUCAAAGAUGAGGAGAUUCUAUUCGUAAGAAAAACAGCAAAAGAAGUUGAAGAAGUUAAUGAACCACAAACUAAGGAAGACAUCCUUUCAAAGGAUAAAUACUCAGUUUUCUACAUUGAUAGUGAGGGAGGACAAAACACUGAAACUAAACCUUUUUUGAAAAGUAAUGAGUUCAAAAAGUUGAACUAUCUGUGUGUUUAUGGAAACAAGGAGAUACCAUCUGAAGAAAACUCGGUGAGGAAAACUCUUGAACAAGAUGGUCGCUUUGACCGUAACACUUUCUCUCAAGUCUCCAGCUUCACACUGACCGACAAUGACCAGCCAGACACUGUGAUUCAGUGCAAUGACCCGGUUGAACCCCUUCAAGGUAAAUAUUUAAAGAUUACGUUUCCAUGGGGAGAGGGGGCUAAAAAAAAGAGAGAGUCAGAGAGAACAAGACAACUUGAGAAAACGUUUCCACAAGGAGAGGGGGCUAAAAAUAAGAGAGAGCCAGACGCUUCAGAGAAAACCAGACGACUCGAGGAGUUAGUGAAGAGGAGUGGAUUCUGUCUUAAAAAAGCAGAGGGAGAAAGUGGUGUUGACCCUGAGGAGAUCGGGAAAGAUCUGCCUGAGCAGUUUCCAGAACUAAGUAAAGUGGUGGAGAGCAGAUUCCCUGGAAAUUCCUUUCAGGAAGUGCUGAACAAGAGUAAGGAAAAGUUUGCAGAAAUCCAACAGUCCUUCAGGGACGUUAGCACACAUAGGACGCUGCUAGAAAGGGGGCAAUCCGUCUGUCAGGUGGUUAUUGAGGGGGAAAAACGUAGUCGUGGCACAGGCUUUGUGUUGUUUGACAACUUUAUCAUGACUAAUGCUCACCUCUUCAGAGGGUGUACAAAAGGAAAGAGACUGCUGGAUGGAACAAAAGUGCAUGUUCUCUUUAACUAUGAGAAACCUGAGUCAAACACCAGCAAGCAUUAUGUCCAGCUGAGUCACAAAAGUAAAAUUAAAUAUGGCCUUGAUUAUGCCAUACUCGAGAUCCAACCUGAGGGACAACAUUCUAGCCAAACACCAUCAGGGCAGACUGAGGAACCGUCACCAACACAAACAGAGGAGAGUAGUAUACCACCAGGGCUCCUGGAGGAACUGGGAAAAAUGCCAGAAAAAGGUGGACUCUGUAUCAUUGGUCACCCAAAUGGGGAAGUGAAAAAAAUGGAUCUGACAUGUAUCAUAGAGCCAGAGAAGAGAGAGCAGGCUGUCUGUGAAGAGCUACCUAAAUACAGAGACCUCAAAAUUAUUUUCAGCAUUGUCGACAUGUUGAAAAGGCGAAGCAUUGAGAAGUUAAUGAUGGGUGAAGGAAAAGCUGUAAACCUAGGGACCUAUAAAACCUUCAUGUAUCAUGGCUCGUCUGGCUCCCCAGUGUUUGAUACUGAAGGCCGAGUGUGGGGUUUACACUCAGCAGGAUAUGACUAUAAGGUCGAAAACUCCACUGAAAGUGUGAUAGAAUUCGCCUACCCUCUAGAGACAAUCAUCAAAGAUUAUGUGAACGCUUUAAUCCAAGAAAAUAACCAGGAACAGCUACGGAGGAUUCACGAGGUAGCAGAAAAAAACACAGUUCUUCAAGAGGUUUUGGAGUCUGUUAGAGGAGGGGCGAGCAUCACUGAGGAAUAG